GUCCCUGCCAGGACGCUUUCCUUUCCGCUGUCACUCUGCCCCAGCUCGUCAUGCGGACCCCGUGGGCGCCCUGGCCGCUCCUCUGGGCCGUGCUGCAGCUGGGCUGGCGGCCGGGGCGGCUCCUAGGCUCCCCGGAGAGGCCCCGGCCCUGGGGCCCCCUGGCGUUCUCGCCUGCCCACCUCACGGUGCCCGAGGGGGCGAACGCCACGUUCAUCUGCCGCCUGUCCAGCCUGUCCGCGUCCCUGCGGCUGAACUGGUACCGCAUCAGCCCCAGCAACCAGACGGAGAAGAUGGCCGCCUUCCCCAGUGACCUCAGCGAGCCGGCCCGCGACCCCCGCUUCCGCAUCGCGCGGCUGCCCAACGGCUCCGACUUCCACCUGAGCGUGCUGGGCGCCCGGCGCAACGACAGCGGCACCUACCUGUGCGGGGCCAUCCACCUGCCGCCCGAGACGCAGAUCACCGAGAGCCCCCGCGCCGAGCUCAGGGUGACAGAGAGAGUCCUGGAGCCGACCACGAUGCACCCCAGCCCCGGCCCAGGGCCUGCGAGCCAGCCCCAGGCCCUGGUGGUGGGCGUCUCGAGCGCCCUGGGGGGCGUCCUGCUGCUGCUGCUGCUCGCCUGGGUCAUGACCGCCACCUGCCCCAGGGGCGCACCGGGGACCGGCAGAGCCCGAAACGACGACGCGCCUCUGGAGAAGGAGGACCCCCUGGCCGUGUCUGUGUUCUCCGUGGACUAUGGGGAGCUGGACUUCCAGCAGCGAGAGAAGACCCCGGAGCCCCCAGCCCCCUGUGUCCCUGAGCAGACUGAGUACGCCACCAUCGUCUUCCCCAGCGGGCCGGCUGGGGGCCCGGGAGCCCCUCCUCCUGGACGCAGGGGCUCCACCAACGGCCCACGGGUGCCCCGGCCUCUGAGGCCUGAGGACGGACACUGCUCCUGGCCCCUCUGACAGGCUCCUCGGCCCCCCGCGUCCUCCAGACCCUCCAACAUGAGCCCAGAAAGGCCCCUCCCUGCCCUGCCCAGCCCCCCACCCCGUGCUGCUGGCACCCCUCGCUCCGGGCACGGGCUGACCCUCUCCACAGCCCCCAGCUGGGGUCUCUGUACCUGGAGACACAGGGUGCCGGGCAGAGGCUCAGUGUGGGCUCAGCAUGAGGUGAUGCCACCUGCCCCAGGAGCACAGCUGCACGGGGCCUGGGGCUCACACGUCCUGACAGAUGCCCACUGCCCUGGACACCCCAGGGGGUCUCUCGGCCAGGCGGGACCUCCCUCCUCCAUGUCCUUCCUGGCCCCCCGGGCCCUGGUGUCAGCCCCACAAACCACGGGCUCCCCCAGGCCUGCAGCAGGCAAGUGCGGUGGGCUGGCUGCAGGGGGCGGGGGCCCGAGGGGGCUGCCUCAGCCCUUAUCUGCCCCAUGGGCAGCUGAGGACACUGACACCCAGGUGACGAGGGCAAGAAGGACAAGCACAGCCCACCCACUCCCUCCUGGGUGCUACCCUUGUUCUCGGGUGCUGCUCCUGGCUGGCUGGCUGCAGACCCACCAGCCACCCCGGGACCCCUGCCUCCCACCUACCCAGCUCAGGGGCUGCCUGCCCAGGCUUCCAGAGGACCCCAAGAGCAUCCAGCUAGGCCCCACUGCUCUGGGAGAAGACCCCAGGAGAGGGAGAUCCCCAGGGUGCCCGUGGGCAGGGCAAGGGUGCAGCUGGUUUGAGCACCCCAGUCCCAGCUGUAGCCACCCUGGGAAGGGGGUGGCAGCUGGGCAGUUGCCAGGGGCCUCCACGAAACUGCAUCAGAGCUGCCCCCACGCCCACCCUCUGUCUUGGGGCCCAUUCACGGUGUUAUUUAUUUGGGGGGGUAUGGGAAUGGGGGGUCCAUGUCUGGGUGCAGGCGCCCCCUGUUCUGAGGCCGGCGACUCCCCACCCCACCUGUCCACUGCCCACACAGGGUGGCCACAGGCGAGGUGGCCGUGGGCCCCCAGGUGGCCUGGACCCGGGAGCAAGUGUCCUGUCUCGGCCGAACGUGGGGCCCUUGGGGCCUCGGAGCCCUCCCCUGUGUCUAUUAUAUUGUCAUUAAAGACGCUAAUUAAACGAUGAG